AUGGUCGUCCUCGCGGCUUCGAUUUGCACCCGCGGAGGGAAAGCUGUCCUCUCUCGACAGUUCCGAGAGAUGCCACGAUCGCGCAUAGAAGCCCUCCUCGCCUCGUUCCCCAAGCUCGCCGACAGCGGCACCCAGCACACCACCGUCGAGCAGGACAAUGUCCGCUUCGUCUACCAACCCCUCGACGAGCUUUACAUGGUGCUCAUCACCAACCGUCAGUCCAACAUCCUCCAGGACAUCGACUCCCUUCAUCUGUUCGCCCAGGUCGUCACCAGCACAUGCAAGAGUCUCGAUGAGCGGGAAAUCGUCAAGAAUGCCUACGAGCUCCUCAGCGCCUUUGACGAACUCGUCACCCUGGGAUACCGCGAGAAUUUGACCAUUAGCCAGAUCAAGACCUUCCUUGAUAUGGAGAGUCAUGAGGAGCGGAUCCAGGAGAUCAUUGCACGGAACAAGGAAUUGGAAGCCACCGAGGAGCGGAAACGAAAGGCGAAGCAACUCGAGAUGCAGCGCAAGGAUGCUGCUCGCAGCGGUCGCAGCGGUGGCAUGGGCGGUGGUGGUGGCAUGCCUCGAACUCCCGUCUACCCCUCGUACACCUCUACUUCGCAAUCGAGCGCUGCCAAUACCUACGACUCAUACGAGGCUGAGAAGAACAAAUCGUUCAGCAAGCCCCUCGCCCCCAAGGCUAAGGGUAUGCAGUUGGGCAAGAAGUCCAAGACGACCGAUAUGUUCGAGCGAGUACGAGGCGAUAUGGGCGGCGAAAUUGACGAUUCGCCCCUUGUUACACCGGCGCCCGCACACCACGUUGAGACCCCCGAGCCUCGCAUCUCGUCGACGCUUGAUCGUGAUGCUAUCCACGUCACCAUCUCGGAGGCCAUCACAGCCAAGUUGUCUCGUGAAGGUGCCGUCAACUCGCUAUCCAUCAGCGGUGACCUUACUCUUCGAAUCUCGGAUCCUAGCUUGACGAAGAUCAAGCUUGCUCUCCACGCUGUUCCAUCACACGGAGCCCAGUUCCGCACCCACCCUAACGUCGACCGAAAUCUGUUCAAUGGCUCUAAGGUCAUCCAGAUGAGCAACACUGCCAGGGGCUUCCCCGUCAACAACGCCGUCGGUGUCCUGCGAUGGAGGGCUUCCCCCAAGGUGGACGACGCCAGUGCCUGCCCCAUCACCUUCACCGUCUGGAUUAACAAGGAGGCACACAAGUACAACAUGACGGUCGAGUACGAGCUGACGGGCAGUGAUGCUCUGACUGAUGUCAGCGUGAUUAUCCCCUACUCUGGAAGCGAGCCCAACGUCUCCAGCUUCGAUGCCACAUAUGAUGUCUCGGGUGAUGCUGUCGAGUGGACAAUUGGCAAUGUGGAUGAGGAGAACCCCAGCGGAUCGUUCGAGUUUGAGGCAGAGUCCAGCGACGAGAACGACUUCUUCCCCAUGACAGUGCGGUUCAACAAGUCUUCGCCAUUCAUUGAUGUUGAUGUGACUACCGCAUCCCUUCUGGAAGAGGAUGAGGAGGUGACGUUCUCCAAGGAGGUCAAGUGUCACGCAGACAACUUUUUGAUUGAGUAG